UUCAGCUGCGCGCGCUGCUCGCGCUGCGCUUCACACACAACUUUAGAGACACAGAGAGCAGAGAGCCACGCAGAGCAUCGCUGUGUGAGCAUGUCCCAGGUAGAAUUAUCGUUAUUAUAAGAUGAUCCUGCUGCUCGCUCUGCUUUCUGUUCUCUCUGGAGAACUGGGUCUGUGCCGGAAGGAGGAUGAAGGCUUCAACUUUGAUGGAGACAUCCGCCAAUUCCACGUGACCCCCAACAUGCUUUACAUCGCCACAGAGGAGAGGCUGUACCAGCUGAGCCACGACUUGACUUUGAUCAACAGUCUGACCCAGAGGGGAAUAAUAAAGACCGGAAACCAGCAGGAUGAUGUGCAGUUUCACCGGGUUUCUGACACAGCUGAGUGGAACGCAACUUUCAGCAUCAACGUGUUGUUGCCUUUCACAAAGAAUGACUCGCUGAUCAGCUGCGGUGUGACUGACGAUGACUGCGGCCACUGCGAGAUUCUGGACCUGAAGAACACCUCCAAGCUUCUGCACAGAGAACACAUCCAGGUGGGACCUCUGAAGCGCAGCAGCAGGUCAGUCAGCUUUCUGGUGGAUGUGAAGAAGAAAACUCAGGCUGACACUUACAUUCUGACCGCGAUCCAACAAAACACAGAAAAGCCCGAAAACAAUAAGUGUGGUAUUAAUCAGAAGACUAUCAUACUUCAUAAUACAGAUAACAAACAAGGUGGAGGUAUAUUUUCUCUAACUGAUGGAGCUUCAGGCACACCUGGGAUCAAAAGUAAAGGUGAUGUGGAGUUUGUUGACGGGUUUCAGAUCAAUUCAACCAUCUAUCUGUUCUCCAACGCGCUCUCAGCUCAAACAAACAGAGUCCGUCUCAUUUGGCUUGAAGGCGAAAAGAGCAAAACUGAUACGCUCAAGUCUCUGCGGGGCGCGACUCUCAGUGUCUCUGACAGUCAAAGCAGCAGACUCGUGGCCUCCUCGGUCAUCCCGGGGGAGCUUUGGAGCGGCGUGUUCAGUGUGGAUGGAGGAGACACCAACACCCAGCUAAUGGUGUUUGACAUCAGCCCUGAUUACAGCAGUGAUGCCGACAGAGAUCCAGACUUCUACACCUCUGUGCCAUCAGAAGUGACGCCAAAGAUCCUCAAACCGAAGGCAGUGAUUUUCAGGCAGAGCUACAUGACCUCAGUGCUGGCAGUGAGGCAGAGAGGCUGGAUGGUUUUCUAUAUUGGGACAGGAGACGGACAGCUCAUUAAGCUGUCUGUGGACAAGAACUAUCACGCUGCCUGUCCCACGGUGCUCUACAGGACCAGUGAUGACCGCAAAGUGUUUCCCAAAUUACAUCUGGAUCCAGUGGGUCGUAAACAUCUGUAUGUGCCAUUUACAAACCAGGUGAAGCGAGUUCCUGUGUCAAAGUGCAGCACGUACACAAAUGUGCAGGAGUGUUGGUCUGCACAGGAUCCAUACUGUGGUUGGUGUGGCUCUAAAAGCAGCUGCACAUUUGAAGAUGACUGCACAGAUUCAGACUGGCUGUCCAUUCCUGAUGAGUCCCAGCACAAAAUGAUUUCCCACAAAGUUGAAAAGGACACAAACGGACAGAUUUUACUAAAAAUCCACACACACCUGACUGUGGGCCAGGAAGGGCCGUCUAACUUUGCCUGUCAGUUCGUUGGAAGGUCCGGCUCGAUUUGUGCUUCGAAUAACCCUCCUCCACAUUUCCCACAAUGCACCUGCAUCCUGUCUGAUCGUACGCUUCCUACUGAUGGUCUGCAUGUCACAAUAAAAUUCAGACUUGGGACAUCACAGCUGUCAGAACAACUGAGGUUAAACGACUGCUCUAACAUGAGUGGACCACCAAGUUUCAUGUUGUGUCGGCAGUGUAUCAAAGCUGGUUGUGGAUGGAACAAAAACAGCUGUUCCUGGGCUAACCAAGGAGAGACUGGUGUACUAGUGACUGAUUUUAUGGAUUUAUCAGACAGAGUUUGCCAAGAGUUGGAGUCUGGGAAGAACUUCUCCAUCCCAGAGAUCUCCUCCAUCACUCCCAGUGUGGUGUCUUUCUAUGGGACAAACCAUGCAGUGUUAUUAGGUCGUAACCUUGGUGAUGUGAAACGAGUGAGGAUCCAGACACACGCUGACUGUACUCCAAAAGAGUCUCCUGUUUGGGGCAACACUGGUAUCAGUCUGACGUUCCACAUUCCCACCACAGAACUUAAAGGUGUGGCCAGCGUCUGCGUUCUCCUCCCAGAUGGUAGUUGCCAUGGUGAGGCUAACAUCACUUACCGCUCAUCGCCAUCCUGUGGCAACGUUACUCCAAGCAGCAGCUGGAUGAGUGGGAAGAGGAAGCUCACACUCAUGGGGUCUCACCUGGACCUUGUUGAAGGGGUCGUACACAGCCACGCCAAGCACGACGUCAAGCUUCCCAUCGACAGCAGCUAUCAGAGUCUCAGCUAUGACACACCUGAAGCUGAAAGCACUUUGAUGAUUUCUAGCAGCACUGUGUUUCUAAAAGCAGCCAAUGAAACUUUAGCCUGCUCUUUAAACAUCACCUACCAUCCAGAGCCUGAGUUUACCAGCUUCACAGCCAUAAGGACAGGAAACAAUGUCCGCAUCACCUUAAAGAAAAAGUCAGACAAACUGGAGAUGUCAAAAGACGAGUUAUCAGUGUGGGGCGUUCAAGACACACAGGAAUACGGCUGUAUCCUGGUGGCCAAAGAAACCAGUAAAGAGACUGACUCCUUCAGCUGUGAGAUUAAAGGGCUACCCAACACACGAUUCCAAAAGUUAAAGAUAAAGUAUGGUGACAAGACAAUAAGCCUCAGUGAUUCUUCAUCACACCAUGUCUCUUCAAUACUGCUUUCCCUGCUGAUAAUUGGACAUAUUGCCAGUAAGUUGUGUUGACAUAUUGGCUUUUUCUAUAAACCCUGAACAAAUUUCAAUUUCAAUUAUGUAGUACAAUUUCUGGAGACCUUUUCUACUCCAUCUUGACAGCGUUCUAGUUUUUCUGCUCAGGUUAAAUUGGUUACUGUUUGGCUUUUUGUAUUGGUGGCUAUCUGUCUAUGGUGGAGGAGACGCCCAGGGAGAUGAAUGGAUUUUGACCAAUGAUGCCCCUCUCUCUGUUCAAGUGUUUUCAUGUUAUGUCUGUUUGAUUAAUAAAUCACUUUGAUGAAUAAAUCUUCCUUGUUUAAAAAUGUG